AUGAUGCGCACAUCUCUACUUCGCGGUCUCCGGGCUACUACCGUCCGAUCAACCAUGAUCACGGCGCCCCGUGCUGCCGCCUCGACACAUGCCAUCUCGAGGCCGACGCUAGCCAACAUCGAGAAGCGAUGGGAGGGUAUGCCCCAAACCGAGCAGGCUGAGUUGUGGAUGGCUUUGCGGGACCGCAUGAAGGAGAGCUGGACCGAGCUUACGGUACAGGAAAAGAAGGCCGCGUACUGGAUUGCCUUCGGUCCUCACGGCCCCCGCGCUAUGCCUCCGGCCGACGAGGGGCGCAAGGUCGCCAUCUACACGGCCGUCGGCAUGCUUGUCAGUUUCGCCUUGUUUGCUACGAUACGCUCAUUUGCUGGUCCGGCACCAAGCACCAUGACUCGGGAAUGGCAGGAAGCCUCGAACGAGUUCCUUAAGAACCAACGAGCCGAGCCUCUUACUGGCCUCUCGUCUGAUGGGUACUCCGGCAAGGGUAUGGUUCAAUCAGCGCCCAAACACUAG